GUUUAAAAUUUACAAUUUAAAAAAUCAUUGAAAUAUUUUUGAGAAACUUAGCUUUUUUGAAUAUAAUUUUUAGUAAAACAUAUCUUACAGAACUAUAUUUGGAUUCGUAUUGGCAUAGUUAUGUUAUAUUUUAUCUACACAUUGGCCAAGAUUGUACUUGCAAAUUGAUUAAAUUAAGACAGUAUACUAGUUCAUGUUGUCCAUAGUAACAAGAAACAAACGUACACGCGAUAGCUUUUGAAGACACACUAUUGAUAAUACAACAUAGUACAAUUUUUGUUAAUAAUUUUGUUUUUAAUACUAUUUUAUUAUUUGUUAGCCAGUUUAUAGUUUUAUUUAAUAAAAUACCACCGUAAUCAUUCUUUUUUACUAAUAUGUCAAUGAAUUAUACAUGUAACCAAUUUGAAAAAGCUUAUAAGCCAACAAGAUUAGGCAAUUGGGAAGUUCCUAAAUGGCAUUUGAAUCGACCAAAAGGGCGUUCAACUGUAACAAAAAUAAUCGUGAACGAUAAAGGGCAUCUAUUGCCUGGCGUGCAAAAAGUUGAUCAAAAACAUUGGGCUGGACUAUAUUUAGGAACAUAUCAAUUACCCAAACGCAUAACUAGAGAAAUAGCUGAAGAACUCACAAACCCAAAGACCAUGAAAUCUUACAUGAAGCGUUCCUACCAUCAACCAAUUAUUGAUCGUCAUAAAAAAGAAGUUGAAAAUAAAUGCUACUCAGACGACGAUUUUAUAGACAAAGGAAAAACAACAAAUGAAGAAGAAGAUAAAGAGUCUAUAAAAAGCAGCAAAACUGUUAAUUCAUCGGUAUCGCGGAAAACUUCAAGUUCAAAUAAAUCGCGACAUAAAACAGAACAAUUGAACUCAACUUUGCCUAAUAAUCACGUGUUACCUAGAGCGCAAUCAAGUCCAUCGUUAAGUCAUAUAAGCAUAGGGCAAAAUAGGAAUAUUACAGACCAAUACGAAUUUGAUAAUAAAAAACACCAUCGUCUUCCAGACACAAUUGAAGAUGCUUUAUAUAGGUCACUUCAAAUGAAAAGAGAUAAACAUCCUGGAUUGGGUCUCAACGAUUUUUGGCCUAAAUGUUCUGCAGUUGCAUAUAAGUCUUUCAAUGAUCCGGGACCCACACAGUGUAGUAAACUAAAAGUUUUCAGACCAAAAUCUUCAUCUGAUGUUAAACAUAAGAACCAACAGAAUUCAAGAGACGACCGACCUAAAACCAGUGUGCCUUUAGUCUGUGGCCGACCAAUAACAGAUAUAAAGCUAGCCUUAUGUUGGGAUCUGGACGCACCAUUCGAUAGGCCACAAUCUGUCGAUAAACCAGCAGUAUUUCAAAAAAUUUUACGGAAGGAAGCAGCCGAGAAUCAAAUGAACAAGCCAUUAGAAUCGAAUUUUUCAGCCAUUAUGGGUCUGAUUAAAGAAAAACCUAGUGAUUUAAAAAAACUUGAAAAAGAAUCCAACAACAACAUACAGCAAAUGAAAGGAAAAAACCUUUCAGCUGUUAUGGAUUUAAUACCAAAAAAACAAAUUUUAACUUCAAACAAUGAAUUCGCAGUUGAUCAAACGCCAAUUAUGACAGACGACAAAGCGGGUCAAACUUUAUUGAAAAUAUCGAGUCCCAACAUAAAUAUUGGAAAAAAAUUUAAAGAAGAAACUGCAGUUUCAACUAUACCACAAUUAUUCUCUCAUCAAAAAGAAGCUGUGGAUAAACAAGAAUUAGAUCAAAUUUCAGAACGUGGAGACAUAGAAAAUAAAAUUUCAGGUGAUGAUAAAAAGCAUUACAGACCGUGUGUAGCUUGUGAUCUUCAACCAGUAAAACAACAACCAAAGUUUCAAGAGCAAAUAAAUAAAUACAAAAUGGCAUUUAAAGCCGGCAUUCCUCAACCUUUGAUGAGUCAACAACACAAACUUACCAAAAAACAUUUAAAAGUACCCAGACCUAAAACAACAAAUUCGGAUAAAAAAAAAUAUGUGAUAGGAACGUUGCUCCCUCCAUUUUCUAUGUGGCCUGGGACUACAGGUAGAGAUUACCCAGAACACUGGCGAUUAACUUCGGUUUACAGACAAGCAUUUAAACCUUUAGAGUCACGUAAACAACCAUUUCUCCAAACCAUAUAUUUAUAAUAAAUAUGAUUCAAACCAGUGAUAUAUGAAAUGAUAUUUCGAAUCACAUUUUAACCUACUUGUUUAAUUACAUAGAAACAAAAGAAGAUUUUUGUUUAUCUUACUUAAGUUUUUAACUCAUUAGAGAUCAUAACUUAUAAGUAUGCAAAUACAAAAUCGGAUUUAUUGGAGAUCAUAAAACCAAACUAAUCAUUUCAAUAUUAAACUCUUACUCAGGCUGUAUUUAUAAAUUGUACCGUUCAGAGUACAAAAUUUUCCACUCUAUGAAAGAUAAUAACAUUUUUUUUCUCGUCACUCUAAAACAAAAAAAUUCAUUGCAUUAAAUUCACAAGUUCAUACACUUAUUAAAAGACUAGUAUAUUCUUAUUGUCGCUAGAGACACUGGAAAUCACAGUGGUGUACGUGUAUUUUAUUAAGAGAGAUGUCACAAUAUAUGAUUUGAUAGUUUUAAUUUUUGCACGUCAUUUAAUUAAAUGCUUACUUCAGUUUAAUAAAAUAUAUUAGAAGAUAAUUAUGAUAAUAAUAUAAUAAUUAUUAUCUAUUAUAUUUUAUAAGUAUUCUAGUUUAUGUCAAUCAAUGUUUGUACGCCAAUACAUAAUUAGAAAAGAUACAUGAAAAAAAAAUUAUGUAUAUCACUUUUUCCAGGAGUUUGUCAUAUUAUUCUGACGCUGCCCAUAAAUAAGUCACUGGUAAAACAAAUGCAGCCUUGUUCUUGAAAAUUCUCACUAGGCUUGUGACAAUUUUCAUAUCAAAUUUCAAGCUCAAUUUUUGGCAUUUUACUCGUAAUUCAUACUUUUAAAUAGUAUUUCCACAUCAUUAAAAGCAAGGAAAAAUAAAAAAAAAUCAUUUUAGUAAAAAUGUAUACAUAUAGUAUAAGAAAUAAUAAACAUUAAUAUACAUAUUCACCGAUCAUUUCGUGUUGAGUUUCGACUGGCGAUAGUUUUCAUUUAUUAUUGAUUAAUUUUUGAUGUGCGAGUAUACAUUUCUAUCAAAGGCAUGCCCGAAUAGUAGUGGUUCAAACCUUCUCGUUACAAAUAAUUACGUUUUAAAAAUACAAUUUUGAGUAGAUAGCAAAACAUGUUUUAUAAUAUAAUAUUGAAGAAUGUUAAGAGCUGUAGCCAGAAUUAUAAAAAGAGCCAACCAUACAUUUUAAACUAUUUUUACUGGCAGCAUAUUAAGGGGGUGGUGAUCUUUUCUAAAAUACCUACUUGGAAACUUUACUUUAUUGCAGGUUAUGAAAAUGUGCUUCUACAUGAUAUUAAGUUAAAAUUUCAAAAGAUACAGUAUGUAAUUAAAAAAUCACAUGAUUAAUUGUUUCGUUAUUUUUCUAUUGUUAUUAUUUUAUUUGCUUAUUUAUAAUUAUUGUAAAUCAAUGUUUUAAAAAUUUUUUAUAUUAACUAUUAGAGACGCAUUUAGAGAUGUCGAGAUCAAAUCCUUUACCAAAGAACUAAACUAAACAAAUGUACUAUACCAAUAACGUGCAACCUGAAAUUUUUGAGAUAAUAAUCUCAAAUAGUUAUAAUGAAUUUUUAUUCUGCUUCACUCCGAAAUUUUAUAUUAUCUACUACCAAGUAGAAAUCAUUUAUUUAAUGAAAUAGAUUAAUAUCUGAUAGUUCCUCUACUGUUUAAGCUAUACAUUUAUCAUAAAUAAUAAAUAUAAUUAUUUAUGUUGAAGUUUACUUUUUGACAUUAUAGAAUAUUAUAUUACAUUUUUCUAAAUAAAUCAGUGUUACAAAAUACUU